ACACAGAGUGAUACCAAAGACCAGGGAGUUCCUGCUUGUGGUUAAACAAUGCUCUUUUAAGCAUGAUAUCAUUUUCAUUUGUUCUUUGUUUAAGUACUAAAUUAUAACUUUUAUUAAGAAUUAUUAUUCAUAAUUGUUUUUACACCUAAAAAACUGUUUUGAACAGGUUGGUGUACUGUGAAGAGAGGGGUCAGACAUCAGCCGGCACAAUGAGUACAGAUGCAGAAAUGGCCAUUUAUGGCAAAGCUGCCAUUUACCUUCGUAAGCCAGAAAGGGAAAGACUUGAGGCUCAAAGUGCACCAUUUGAUGCCAAGAGUGCCUGCUACGUGGCCGAUGUCAAGGAGCUGUACUUGAAGGCAAAAAUCCUCAAGAAAGAUGGUGGCAAAGUCACCGUUGAAGUCCUGGACACUAAGGAGGAGAGGACAGUGAAAGAAUCUGACAUCAAUCCAAUGAACCCUCCCAAGUAUGACAAGAUUGAGGACAUGGCCAUGAUGACCCAUCUCAAUGAAGCCUCUGUGCUGUAUAACCUAAAAGAACGUUAUGCAGCAUGGAUGAUCUACACCUACUCUGGGUUGUUCUGUGCCACUGUGAACCCCUACAAGUGGCUCCCAGUGUAUGAUUCUGAAUGUGUGGGUGCCUAUAGAGGCAAGAAGCGUAUGGAGGCUCCACCCCACAUCUUCUCUGUCUCUGACAAUGCUUAUCAGUUCAUGCUUACUGGUAAGUCAUUGCCAUAACAAUGUAGAAUUUAU